AUGGGAAGAGGAGGGAACUGCACCACAGACCACAACAGGGUCAAACCGACAGUCUAUGCUCCAACCGACAGUCUAUGCUCCAACCGACAGGCUAUGCUCCAACCGACAGUCUAUGCUCCAACCGACAGUCUAUGCUCCAACCGACAGGCUAUGCUCCAACCGACAGUCUAUGCUCCAACCGACAGUCUAUGCUCCAACCGACAGGCUAUGCUCCAACCGACAGUCUAUGCUCCAACCGACAGUCUAUGCUCCAACCGACAGUCUAUGCUCCAACCGACAGUCUAUGCUCCAACCGACAGGCUAUGCUCCAACCGACAGGCUAUGCUCCAACCGACAGUCUAUGCUCCAACCGACAGGCUAUGCUCCAACCGACAGUCUAUGCUCCAACCGACAGGCUAUGCUCCGACAGUCUAUGGUCCAACCGACAGUCUAUGCUCCAACCGACAGGCUAUGCUCCAACCGACAGGCUAUGCUCCAACCGACAGUCUAUGCUCCAACCGACAGUUUAUGCUCCAACCGACAGGCUAUGCUCCAACCGACAGGCUAUGCUCCAACCGACAGUCUAUGCUCCAACCGACAGGCUAUGCUCCGACAGUCUAUGGUCCAACCGACAGUCUAUGCUCCAACCGACAGGCUAUGCUCCAACCGACAGUCUAUGCUCCAACCGACAGUCUAUGCUCCAACCGACAGGCUAUGCUCCGACAGUCUAUGCUCCAACCGACAGUCUAUGCUCCAACCGACAGUCUAUGCUCCAACCGACAGGCUAUGCUCCAACCGACAGGCUAUGCUCCAACCGACAGGCUAUGCUCCAACCGACAACUGUCCACAGACUGUCCUCUGCCACAGACUGUCCUCUGCCACAGACUGUCCUCUGCCACAGACUGUCCUCUGUCCACAGACUGUCCUCUGCCACAGACUGUCCUCUGCCACAGACUGUCCACAGACUGUCCUCUGCCACAGACUGUCCUCUGCCACAGACUGUCCACAGACUGUCCUCUGCCACAGACUGUCCUCUGCCACAGACUGUCCUCUGCCACAGACUGUCCUCUGCCACAGACUGUCCACAGACUGUCCUCUGCCACAGACUGUCCUCUGCCACAGACUGUCCUCUGUCCACAGACUGUCCUCUGCCACAGACUGUCCUCUGCCACAGACUGUCCACAGACUGUCCUCUGCCACAGACUGUCCUCUGUCCACAGACUGUCCUCUGCCACAGACUGUCCUCUGCCACAGACUGUCCACAAGAGUCAGACUGUCCUCUGCCACAGACUGUCCUCUGUCCACAGACUGUCCUCUGCCAGACUGUCCACAGACUGUCCUCUGCCACAGACUGUCCUCUGCCACAGACUGUCCUCUGCCACAGACUGUCCUCUGUCCACAGACUGUCCUCUGCCACAGACUGUCCUCUGCCACAGACUGUCCUCUGUCCACAGACUGUCCUCUGCCACAGACUGUCCUCUGCCACAGACUGUCCUCUGCCACAGACUGUCCUCUGUCCACAGACUGUCCUCUGCCACAGACUGUCCUCUGCCACAGACUGUCCACAGACUGUCCUCUGCCACAGACUGUCCUCUGUCCACAGACUGUCCUCUGCCACAGACUGUCCACAGACUGUCCUCUGCCACAGACUGUCCACAGACUGUCCUCUGCCACAGAGAGUUGAUCCGAGACAUUUAA